GUUUCGGUGUUGAUAAGUGAUAUCUGAAGCGUCAUGUAGAUUGUGGAGGAUGGUGAAUGUGAUGAUAUAAACGGUGGGGAGGUAAUCCUGCCCUCCACUCCGUGUUCAGAGCUUCGUGUGUUUGGACUUGUGCUUUUUGGACAAUAACAUGGAGGUACCAACUGGUGACUCAAUCGACACUGGAGGGCCCAGUGAUAGUGGGGUAGAAAAUGGAGGACAAGAUAAUCCGUCCUUCGAGAAAGAACCAGAAACAAGUCCAGAACCAGCACCAGAAACACCAGAGAAACAGGAGAAUGAAGCGGAGGCAGAAGAAAAUGGUACGCCUAAUGGUCAUGCAGCAGAUGAGCCGGAGACAAAUGGUGUUGACGGCAGUAAAAUGACAAUAAACCCUGGCCUGACUCAGCCGGCUGUGAUGAGUGCGCCAGUAGACUUAAACAAUGGAAAGGCUCCUGAAAAAGAUGUGGAAGGUGACCAACCCGAGCGUGCCAUGUGGGGAAACCAGAUAGAAUUCUUGAUGUCGUGUAUUGCCACCUCCGUGGGCUUGGGCAACGUAUGGCGGUUCCCGUUCGUCGCCUACCAGAACGGCGGAGGAGCCUUCCUCAUCCCAUACAUCAUUGUACUCCUACUCAUAGGAAAACCUAUGUACUACCUAGAAGGUGUGAUCGGACAGUUCAGUUCGAGGAAUUCCGUUAAGGUGUGGGCGCUGUCGCCUGCUAUGAAGGGAACGGGUUACGCACAGGCAUUGGGCAGUGGGUAUAUUCUGUCCUACUAUGUAUCAAUCAUUGCUCUAUGUCUCUACUACCUGGUGAUGAGCUUCCAAGCCACAUUGCCUUGGGCAGUGUGUCUGCCGGAAUGGGAAAAUUGUGUACCCGCUGACCAAGUAGAAGGAAUCGACGAUAGUCUUAAUGCGACAAGCAGUGCCGAAUUAUACUUUGUACGAACUGUGCUACAGCAAAGCGACGGAAUCGAGGGAGGACUUGGUCUUCCCAUAUGGUACCUCACACUUUGUCUGUUCGUUGCUUGGCUUAUUAUUUUCUUCAUUGUCUCCCGCGGUGUCAAGAGCUCUGGAAAAGCUGCAUACUUCCUCGCUAUCUUCCCUUAUGUUGUCAUGAUAAUCUUGUUGAUAAGCACCCUGCUUUUGGAGGGCUCUGGAAACGGAAUUUUGUUUUUCUUAACACCGCAAUGGGAUAAAUUGAUAGAACUUGAUGUGUGGUAUGCUGCGGUGACUCAAGUAUUCUUUUCGCUGAGUGUGUGUACCGGUGCUAUCAUCAUGUUCUCCUCAUACAACGGCUUCAGAUCAAAUGUAUACAGAGAUGCUAUGAUCGUGACAACUUUAGACACGUUCACAAGUUUGCUGUCCGGUAUCACCAUCUUCGGUAUCUUGGGUAACUUGGCGCACGUCCUGAACAGAGAGGUUGACCAAGUUGUUGGCUCCGGUGGGACUGGUUUGGCCUUCGUGUCCUACCCAGAUGCGAUUGCAAAAACUUUCCAACCGCAGCUGUUCUCGGUACUUUUCUUCGUGAUGAUGUCUGUGCUGGGUGUGGGGUCGGCGGUGGCGCUGCUGUCAGUCAUCAACACGCUCAUGAUGGAUGCCUUCCCGCGUAUACCCACCGUCUUCAUGUCCGCUUUCUGCUGCACUAUCGGCUUCGCCAUCGGCCUCGUUUACGUCACUCCUGGUGGCCAAUACAUCCUUGAAAUCGUCGAUUACUAUGGUGGUACUUUCCUGGUUCUGUUCUGCGGUAUCACUGAAAUCAUAGGCGUAUUCUGGAUUUACGGUUUGGAGAACCUGUGCCUGGACAUCGAGUUCAUGUUGGGCAUCAAGACGUCGAUGUACUGGCGGCUCUGCUGGGGCAUCAUCACGCCCGCCAUGAUGAUCGUUGUCUUCAUAUACGCGCUCAUAUCAUUCGAGGCUCUCGUCUUCGCCGAAACCUACGUGUAUCCGACGGCAGGAUAUGUUUCUGGAUACCUAAUGCUGUUUGCCGGUAUUAUUUUGGUUCCAGUGUGCAUAUUUAUUGGAAUCAACAAGAACAAAACUGGAAAAUUUUCAGAAUCGGUGAAGAAAGCUUUCCGACCGAAAUCUACUUGGGGACCUCGUGAUGCGGAGACCAAGAGGGAAUGGGCCUUGUUCAAGGAGGACGCGUGGGAGCAGGCCGACAAAAUGAGAAAGUCGGCCUUCCAACACAUUUGCUCCAUUCUGACCGGAGGAUAUAGGCGUUUGGAGAACCUGUGCCUGGACAUCGAGUUCAUGUUGGGCAUCAAGACGUCGAUGUACUGGCGGCUCUGCUGGGGCAUCAUCACGCCCGCCAUGAUGAUCAUUGUCUUCGUAUACGCAUUAAUAUCAUUCGAGGGCCUCGUCUUCGGUGGUUAUUAUGUGUACCCAACAGCCGGUUAUGUUGCAGGAUACCUGAUUUUAUUCGCUGGAAUUAUCCUCGUGCCACUAUUUACGAUAAAACGAGCUUUUCAAACAAAAUCAAGCUGGGGCCCCCGUGAUGCGACGGCCAAAAGGGAGUGUGAAGAUAAUAGAAAUGUUACAAAGCAGGAGAACUACAGGAUAAAUCAGCCAAAAUUUACUAAGGAUGAUGUUAUUAAAGCAAAACAGGAUGACAAGAAGGAUGCGGAAAAGGACCAGCCCGAGCGCGCCAUGUGGGGGAAUCAAAUAGAGUUCCUGAUGUCGUGUAUCGCCACCUCCGUGGGCUUGGGCAACGUAUGGCGGUUCCCGUUCGUCGCCUACCAGAACGGCGGAGGAGCCUUCCUCAUCCCAUACAUCAUUGUGCUGGUGGUGAUAGGGAAGCCCAUGUACUAUCUAGAAGGUGUGAUCGGACAGUUCAGUUCGAGGAAUUCUGCUAAGGUGUGGGCGCUGUCGCCUGCUAUGAAAGGAACUGGGUACGCACAGGCAAUGGGUACGAUGUACAUUCUGUCGUACUAUGUGUCAAUAAUAGCUCUAUGUUUAUAUUACCUCGUUAUGAGCUUCCGAUCUCGGCUACCCUGGGCAGCCUGUAGGCCUGAAUGGGAAAAAUGUGUGCCCUCUUCCCAGACUCACGGAAUUGAACUUAUACAAAAUGGAACAAGCAGCGCUGAACUUUAUUUUGUAAAAACUGUACUACAACAAAGCGACGGAAUAGAAAAUGGGCUUGGUCUCCCGAUAUGGUAUCUCACUCUCUGCUUGUUUGCUGCUUGGCUGAUCAUUUUCGUCAUCGUAUCGCAAGGCGUAAAAAGUUCUGGAAAAGCUGCAUAUUUCCUCGCCAUAUUUCCGUACAUUGUUAUGAUUAUUUUAUUAAUAAGCACUUUAUUAUUAGACGGCUCUACGAAUGGCAUAUUAUUUUUCUUGACCCCUCAAUGGGAUAAGCUUACUCAGUUGGAUGUAUGGUAUGCAGCCGUGACACAGGUAUUCUUUUCUCUUGGCGUAUCAACUGGCGCAAUAAUAAUGUUUUCGUCGUAUAACAGUUUCAGGCAAAAUGUUUACAGAGAUGCUAUGAUCGUGACAACAUUAGACACAUUCACAAGUUUGCUGUCUGGGGUGACCAUUUUUGGUAUUUUGGGCAAUUUGGCCUACGUGCUCAACAGAGAAGUGAACCAAGUCGUCGGUUCUGGUGGGACUGGUUUAGCCUUCGUUUCUUAUCCUGAUGCCAUUGCAAAAACUUUCCAACCACAGCUGUUCUCUGUCCUAUUCUUUCUGAUGAUGUCAGUUCUGGGUGUGGGGUCGGCGGUGGCGCUGCUGUCGGUCAUCAACACGCUCAUGAUGGACGCCUUCCCGCGUACACCCAUCGUCUUCGUGUCUGCCUUCUGCUGCACUGUUGGCUUCGGCGUCGGCCUUAUCUUUGUUACACCGGGAGGACAAUAUGUGCUAGAAAUCGUGGAUUACUAUGGUGGUACCUUUUUACUCUUGUUCGGUGGCAUCGCAGAAAUCAUUGGCGUAUUUUGGAUUUAUGGUUUGGAGAACCUGUGCCUGGACAUCGAGUUCAUGUUGGGCAUCAAGACGUCGAUGUACUGGCGGCUCUGCUGGGGCAUCAUCACGCCCGCCAUGAUGAUCAUUGUCUUCGUAUACGCAUUAAUAUCAUUCGAGGGCCUCGUCUUCGGUGGUUAUUAUGUGUACCCAACAGCCGGUUAUGUUGCAGGAUACCUGAUUUUAUUCGCUGGAAUUAUCCUCGUGCCACUAUUUGUAUGUCUGGCGAUAAGAAAAAAUAGAACUGGAAAUUGUUUUGACACGAUAAAACGAGCUUUUCAAACAAAAUCAAGCUGGGGCCCCCGUGAUGCGACGGCCAAAAGGGAGUGGUUACUUUUUAAGGAAGACGCGAUGACGCAAGCCAAAAACAUGAGGACAUCUUUUUGUAAUCACAUCAAACUCAUUCUGACUGGUAGAUACAGACAAUAAAUAAUGUUGUAAAUAUAUGAAGAUUGUAAAUAU